GCGUGUACUUUGUGAAAGUACAUGGUCGCCAUGUUGUCACAAACAGCUGGUCUGGCCAAGGGCGAGAGUUCACAUGAAUUGUGACGUAAAAACGGCCCUUAAUAAUCACUAGUACCUGGAAGCAAAGUUGUUUGGUCUUCAAACAACUUUAAUCCUUUUCUGGCUUUCUCAGCUCCCUUGUAUACUUUAAACGGUGCCUCACUGUGGAGCAUUUGACUGUGCUGAACGUAGUGUUUGCACACAGAGAUCAGCAGCUUUGGGUCAACAGAAAGUCUGAAGUUUCCUUUUCCUGGGGAUAUUCAACUAAGAGAUGAGUAAUUAACAUAGGCACUUAUGUUGGGCCCAUUGACAAGUUUCUUCAUGAGAUUCAGUGCAAUGUACAAGAGAAUAAGUACAAGUUGUGUAAAAUACAUUUCACAGCAGAAAUGUUCCAGCGUGAUCUGCAUGCAAUUAACAAGAAUCGUUUCGAGAAUGGCCGAAGCAGCUCAAUCCUUGUCUGCGCCCGAGAACACAGUUGCAUCUCAAGUUCCGUUUGCACACUUGUGUACAACUUUAGAAAAAAUUCAGCGAACAAAAACAAGGCCAGAGAAAACAAGACACUUGAAAGACUUUAUAGAUUCCUGGAGGGGGUUCCAUGCAGCGCUCCACAAGAAUGACCCCAACACAACUGAUUCAUUUUACCCAGCGAUGCGGCUUAUUCUUCCGCAGCUGGAACGUGAGAGAAUGGCUUAUGGGAUAAAGGAAAACAUGCUUGCCAAACUUUACAUUGAAGUUUUGGGCUUGCCGAAGGAUGGUGGGGAGGCGAAGAAACUCCUAAACUAUAGAGCACCCACUACAUCACAGGGAGAGGCAGGCGACUUUGCUGUCAUGGCUUACUUUGUUAUCAAGAAAAGGUGCCCAGACCAAGGAACGCUAACCAUAAAAGAGGUAAAUGAUUUCUUGGAUUCCGUUGCCAGCAACAAUGCUGGAAAACGGAAGGACCUUGUAAAAAAAAAUCUCCUGCAGCUUAUCACUCAAAGCUCAGCUUUGGAGCAAAAGUGGCUUAUCCGUAUGAUCCUUAAAGACAUGAAACUGGGAAUCAGUAAGGAAACUGUCUUCCGUGUCUUUCAUUUGGAUGCUACAGAGCUGCACAAUGUUACCACAGAUCUUAACAAAGUAUGCAGAGAACUUCACGACCCUUCAGUUUCUCUUAAUAAUGUUUCUAUUGGGCUGUUUUCAGCAUUUAAACCCAUGCUUGCUGCUGUUGCAAACAUAAAGCAAAUUGAAAAGCAAAUGAACAACCAGAGUUUUUACAUCCAAACCAAGCUGGAUGGGGAGCGCAUGCAGCUUCACAAAGAUGGCGAUGUGUAUAAGUACUUCUCGCGCAACGGGUAUGAUUACACUCAGCAGUUCGGGGGCUCUCCGUUGGAAGGAUCUUUGACUCCUUUUAUUCACAAUGUCUUCAAGUCCCAUAUUAUAAGCUGCAUUUUAGAUGGUGAGAUGAUGGCAUAUAAUCCCACUACUCAGACAUUCAUGCAAAAAGGUAGCAAGUUUGACAUCAAAAGAAUGGUGGAGGAUUCAGAUUUGCUGACAUGUUUUUGUGUGUUUGACGUUCUGUUGGUGAACAACCAGAAACUGGGCCACGAGACCCUAAGAAAACGAAAUGAAACUCUUGAAACCGUCUUGACUCCCAUUCCAGGAAGGAUACACAUUGUACCCAAAAUUGAAGCAAGGAGCAAGCAGGAAGUCAUAGAUUCCCUCAAUGAAGCCAUCGAUAAAAGAGAAGAGGGAAUCAUGGUAAAGGAUCCUUUGUCUGUUUACAAGCCAGAUAAGCGAGGAGAGGGAUGGCUCAAGAUAAAGCCAGAAUAUGUUGAUGGUCUGAUGGAUGAACUUGACCUCUUGAUUGUUGGAGGUUACUGGGGAAAAGGCCUUCGAGGUGGAAUGAUGUCUCAUUUUCUGUGCGCUGUAGCUGAAACGCCUGCAAAUGGUGAAAAGCCAUCUGUGUUUCAUUCUUUUUGUCGUGUUGGUUCAGGUUAUACAAUGAAAGAACUUUAUGACCUGGGCCUGAAACUGGCAAAGUACUGGAAGCCCUACCGUAAGAAGGAUCCACCAGCUACUGUAUUGUGUGGAACAGAAAAACCAGAAGUUUACAUUGACCCCUGCAAAUCAGUGAUAAUCCAGGUGAAGGCUGCUGAAAUCGUGGAUAGUGACAUGUAUAAAACGGAAUGCACUUUGCGCUUUCCUAGGAUAGAAAAAAUAAGGGAUGACAAGGAGUGGUAUGAGUGUAUGACGCUGAAAGAUUUGGACCUCUUCCGUGACAAGGCUUCUGGAAAGCUGGCAUCCCGUCACGUGCAUUUAAGUGAUGAGCCUGACAAGAAGAAACGAAAAGUUGUGUCAAAACCUAAGAAGGUCAUUGGUAUAAUUGAUCACUUGAAGUCCCAGGAUCUUUCCUGCGUAAGCAAAGUUUCAGAUAUGUUUGAGGAUGUGGAGUUUUGUGUCAUGAGUGGAAAUGAGAAGUACGCAAAGGCAGACCUCGAAAAAGUAGUGGCCCAGUGCGGGGGAGUCAUAGUUCAGAAUCCUGGCAAAGAUACUUACUGUGUAAUUGCUGGUGUACAAAAUGUGAGGGUGAAAAAUCUAAUUUCAGCAAACGAGUAUGAUGUAGUCCAGACAGAGUGGCUUUUGGAGUGCUUGGAGAAGAAAGAAUGUGUGCCAUGGCAGCCUCGUCACAUGAUCCAUAUGUCCCCAUCCACAAAACAACACUUUGCAACAGAGUAUGAUUGCUUUGGGGAUAGCUAUUAUGCAGACACAGAUGAGAAAGAACUGAAGGAGGUCUUCAGCAGGAUUAGUAAAACGGAAGUAGAUGAAAAAGCCUCUUUGUAUGACAUUGCUGAUAUAGAAUCAAGGUAUUCAUGGGAUACUUUGACAAACACCAUGUUCAGGCAUUUGAGAGUUUAUGUAGAUCGCUAUGCUGUCAUUGGAGAUUUAAGCAGCUUAAUCCACGGAUCGAGUUUGGACAUUCGGGCUCUAGAGCUCAGGUUUCAUGGAGCGCAUGUAACCUCAAAAUUUGAGGAAGGGAUCUCUCAUGUUAUUGUGAGUGACCAAGCCCAUGUGUUAGAUUUGAAAAGUCUAAGAAGAUGUUUUACCAAGAAGUUUAAAAUUGUGUCAGAAUUAUGGGUAGUCGAUUCAGUAAAAGCAGGGCAUUUGCAGAAUGACUGUGAUUACUUAAUUUAGUGUUUUAUGCCAGCAAUGCAUAACCCUAAUGGCUGUGAUAAUGGGAGUUCUAUUUAAUUGCAUUUCUAUAGGAAGUGAUGGCAAAUAACAUUUCUAUUCAGUAGUAUUUGGUUAACACAAAGAUAUGGUAUUCAUAUGGUAUAUCCUAGAAACAGAAAAUAAACUUUUAAAUAAAAUUUAACAUACUAUUAUAAGGAAUUAUAAAACCUAAUGCUAAGGUAUGUAUCAGACAAUUACAUUUUAGCUUAUUUUAACUGUCCAGUUUUUUUUCUUGAAGUCUAUCAAAGAUAAUUGAUUUUAUUACCUUAAUAGUAUCGAUACUUGCCUGCUGCAAAAAAUGUUUUCAAUGAUUUAUCAAUUCAACAAGUAAAAAUUAAAUAUCAUGGUUGUGAUUAAUGGGCUAAAUGUAAUUAGGCAUUUUACUGAUUUCUUUAAACCAUAAUAGGCAAAAUUGGCAAUGAAAUUAAAUUUACUAAAAGAUUUAAAAUAGCCAUAACACAAUGAAAUAUGAUAAAUGCAAAACCUGGUUUCUGAGCUAAAUUACUGGGAAGAUAGCUUUUGUGGUGGAUAAAAAUAAGUUAUUGUUACUAUUUUAUAUUUAUAAAAUUAUGAUCAUUAUUUUAUUUAUUUUAGUGUCGAUUUGUAUAUAAAUAAUAAAACAUUUUACUCUUUUUGAAGAUCAAUGUGUCCUGAUGCCCAUUUUGUUUACUAUGGAGACAUUUUAUGCUGAUAAGAUUUUUAAACUGUAAGAAUAAAGAAUUAAGUCUGAUUUUCUUUAAGGUAUACUGUUUUGACUAAAAAGCUUUAAUCUUGCAGACACUUUUCUGGAGUAUUGGGAGGUCCUGUCGCAAUUGGUUCAGUAAUAUUUAAAGUGCUUUUCAGUAUUGAGUUACAUGGUUACUUUUCUCAGUAUUUUAAUGUACAGACUGUUUUUGUCUUUUAAUACAUUGUUGUUUUAAAGUCAGAGAUUAUUUUUGUUUAAAUAUAUGAAGUUUAAGGAAACCCCAUUAGACUUAAAGAAUAAUAAUGUAUUGAAAUGUAAGUGUUUGAAACAUUGGUAAUAAAUUCUAUAAAACGUU